AUGACAAACUUCCUAUCUUAUGAAGAACCUUUAGGGAUCUCUUUGACUUCCAUUGCUGUGACCUUAUCUGUAAUUACCCUGUUGGUUCUAGGAAUUUUUAUUAAGUACCAAGAUACCCCCAUCGUCAAAGCCAACAACCGAGAUCUCAGCUACACACUUCUGGUUGCCCUUCUGUUCUGUUUCCUCUGCUCUUUGCUUUUCCUUGGAAGACCAAGGAAGUUAACUUGCUGGCUCCAGCAACCUGCUUUUGGCAUCAUCUUCUCAGUGGCUGUUUCUUGUGUGUUGGCCAAAACCAUCACUGUGGUUGCAGCUUUCAUGGCCACCAAACCAGGGACCGAUGUGAGAAAGUGGGUGGGGAGAAGAGUGAGCAAUUCUAUUGUCCUAUCCUCCUCUCUUAUUCAAGCAGGUAUUUGCGUGAUGUGGCUGGGAACUUUCCCCCCUUUCCCAGAUUUAGAUGCACAGUCCUUGACUGAAGAGAUAGUGAUACAAUGCAAUCCAGGGUCUAUCACCAUGUUCUACAUGAUCCUCAGCUACAUGGGACUUCUGUCCAUUCUCAGUUUGACCGUGGCGUUCCUUGCUAGGAAUUUGCCAGACAGUUUCAAUGAGGCCAAGUUCAUCACCUUCAGUAUGCUGAUAUUUUUCAGUGUUUGGUUGUCUUUUGUUCCAACCUACCUGAGCACCAAAGGAAAAUACAUGGUAGCUGUGGAGAUCUUCUCCAUCUUGGCCUCUAGCAGUGGCUUACUAUGCUUCAUCUUUUUCCCAAAAUGUUACAUUAUUCUGCUGAGACCUCAACUGAAUCACAGGAAACAGCUUAUUAGGAGAAAUACUUAG